AACGUCACUUCCGGCAACAAUAGGAAACGUCAAAACUGGGAGAGUCGGCGACUCUGGCCUCUACAGCUUGAGGUGCUGUGAAGUUCGGAGGACUCUGGUGCUCAUUCUGCUAGCAGCUCCACCGGCGUGAGCCAGUAAAGUUUGAUCAGGCUUCUCUAUGGCCUGGGCACCCGUUCCCGGCUGAGCCAUUUUCUUUUUGGCGAGAAGCCCCCACGCAGAGGCCGAUUCGUCGCGGCGGCGGUGGAGAUCGCAGGUCGCUCAGAGCCAGAUGUUGAGAGCUACUAAAGGUAACACAAGGACUCAUUUCACCACAUAGCUAUUGGAACUAUUGUUGGGCUUGCAGAUGGGUCAGGGGCUGUGGAGAGUGGCCAGAAACCAGCAGCUACAACAGGAAGGCUAUAGUGAGCAAGGCUACCUCACCAGAGAGCAGAGCAGAAGAAUGGCUGCAAGCAACAUUUCUAACACCAGUCAUCGUAAACAAGUCCAAGGAGGCAUAGAUAUAUAUCAUCUUUUGAAAGCAAGGAAAUCUAAAGAACAGGAAGGAUUCAUUAAUUUGGAAAUGUUGCCUCCUGAACUAAGCUUUACCAUCUUAUCCUACCUGAAUGCAACUGAUCUCUGCUUAGCUUCAUGUGUUUGGCAGGAUCUUGCUAAUGAUGAGCUUCUCUGGCAAGGGUUGUGCAAAUCCACUUGGGGUCACUGUUCCAUAUACAAUAAGAACCCACCUCUAGGAUUUUCUUUUAGAAAACUAUAUAUGCAGCUGGAUGAAGGUAGUCUCACCUUUAAUGCCAACCCAGAUGAGGGAGUAAACUACUUUAUGUCAAAGGGUAUCCUAGAUGAUUCACCAAAGGAAAUAGCAAAGUUUAUCUUCUGUACAAGAACUUUAAAUUGGAAAAAGCUGAGAAUCUAUCUUGAUGAAAGGAGAGAUGUCUUGGACGACCUUGUAACACUGCAUAAUUUUAGAAAUCAGUUCUUGCCAAAUGCACUGAGAGAAUUUUUUCGUCAUAUCCAUGCCCCUGAAGAGCGUGGAGAGUAUCUUGAAACUCUUAUAACAAAGUUCUCACAUAGGUUCUGUGCUUGUAACCCUGAUUUAAUGCGAGAACUUGGCCUUAGUCCUGAUGCUGUCUAUGUACUCUGCUACUCUUUGAUUCUACUUUCCAUUGACCUCACUAGCCCUCAUGUGAAGAAUAAAAUGUCAAAAAGAGAAUUUAUUCGAAAUACCCGCCGUGCUGCUCAAAACAUUAGUGAGGAUUUUGUAGGGCACCUUUAUGACAAUAUCUACCUUAUUGGCCAUGUGGCUGCAUAAAAGCACAAUUGCUAGGACUUCUACUUUUUACUUCAGACUAAAGCUAACCAAUGACUCAUUUAGUCAAUAUGGGGGUCACAUCAGUGCUGGUCAUUCUAGCCACUCUAUACAAUCAAACUUGAUUGUACAACAUUUUUUUUUCUUUCACUAUUUUCUUUUAUAGUAAUUUUCUUGGGGAACUAAAUAAUUUUGCUGAAUUUUCCUUAAUUUUGCUUAUCAUGUUUUGCACAAAGCAGAGCCAUUGUCUGACACAGCUGUUAAAGAUUGUUAAACUGACAUAUAUUACUCUGAAAGGUGGUGUUUUUGUGUAUUAGAUUUGCCUGAAAAAUGUUAUUCAUUUCCCUUCUUUUUUAAAAUUAAUGUUAUGUGUAUAUAUUUAACUAAAGAGAUUUAUAAUCAUAAUUAUUUUAUUGUAAAGAUUUUGACUAAAGUUUUUCCUUUUCUCUCAAA